AUGGCACCGAAAAACCGUGGCGGCAGGUCGACUCUUGGGCAUGGGCUUGAUAAGGAUGUCUAUCAAGUCGUUCGCAAAUUGGUUGAUGAACAGCAGAGCGAGGGAUCUAACUUUCGGUUAUCCGUGCCUACAAUCUAUGAUCGGAUCAAAAAGUCCAAUUCCAGCCUAAACCGAAGGCCGAAGAAAUUAUUGGAGGAUAGUAUAGAGCGCGUUUUAGAUGUUGUGAAGACCGAUGUUCUUGACAAUGUCGAAUCCGAAUCUGUAGAAGGUGACUUCGAUGGGUUAGAAGAAAAGGAGCCGCGGCCUACUUUGAAUGGUGUGAACAAGAGUAUAGUUGGAAUGUGGAACACACAGCCAAAACAACCAUUAACGCCCAAGAAACCGGAUGGUGCCGCUGGAUCCUCCUCAUCUCUUGCCGUUACCGCAAACAAACGGCGACAGAAUGGUGGGGAAUCGCUCUCGAAGCGUCGUAAGGCAGAAAAUGGCAUUGAUCGAUCUCCACCAACCCAUGUGAGCCUUGCAGACUUGGGCGGUGUCGACGACGUCAUUCAAGACUUAGAGGACUUAAUCGUCCUGCCAAUGACUCGGCCUCAAGUCUACUGCUCAUCUAACGUUCAGCCUCCACGCGGUAUCCUCCUUCAUGGACCUCCUGGAUGUGGGAAGACAAUGAUUGCCAAUGCUUUUGCCGCUGAGUUGGGCGUACCAUUCAUCGCCGUAUCUGCGCCUUCAAUUGUUUCUGGAAUGUCCGGUGAAUCUGAGAAGGCCCUUCGAGAGCAUUUUGAUGAGGCCAAGAAAGUCGCUCCUUGUCUCGUUUUUAUCGAUGAGAUUGAUGCUAUCACGCCAAAGCGAGAAAGCGCACAACGCGAGAUGGAGAAGAGAAUUGUCGCCCAACUUCUCACAUGUAUGGACGAUUUAGCUUUAGAGAAAACUGAUGGUAAACCAGUGAUUGUGCUGGCAGCCACGAAUCGACCUGAUAGCCUUGAUCCAGCUUUAAGACGAGGUGGUCGGUUUGAUAAAGAAAUUAAUCUAAGUGUCCCCAGCGAACCGGUCAGGGAAAAAAUUCUUAGGACGUUGACAAGGAACAUGAACCUUGCGAAUGACCUAGACUUUCAAACCUUAGCAAAAAGAACUCCGGGAUUUGUGGGUGCCGAUUUAAAUGAUCUUGUUUCCACCGCUGGAACAGCCGCUAUUAAACGGUACCUGGAACACUUAAAAUCCUUAAGUGAUGAAGAAAUGGACAUCGAAGAGCCCCAGAGUACUAGUUUAAGCCCAAAGAUCUUGGAACUCCGUCGAUUAAUCAGACGGGCGCGGGAAAUCCCCCCAGAAACGGAACUUCAAACUGUUUUUGUUUCUAAUGAGGACUUCUUUGCGGCGCUGCCUAAAAUCCAGCCUUCAUCAAAACGGGAAGGUUUUGCUACCAUCCCAGAUACAACUUGGGCUGAUGUUGGUGCGCUGGGGGGCGUACGGGAGGAGCUUGUCACUGCCAUUGUUGACCCCAUUCGAACCCCUGAGAUUUAUGCCCAGGUGGGAAUAUCGGCACCCACUGGUGUACUACUCUGGGGACCUCCUGGCUGUGGUAAAACGCUUCUUGCAAAAGCUGUUGCUAACGAGUCCCGCGCCAACUUUAUUAGCGUCAAGGGCCCUGAGCUUCUUAAUAAAUAUGUUGGAGAAUCAGAGCGUGCUGUUCGGCAAGUUUUUGUUCGUGCCCGGUCUUCUAUUCCCUGUGUGAUAUUCUUCGAUGAGCUCGAUGCUCUCGUACCGCGCCGCGAUGAUACCCUAUCUGAAGCUUCUGCACGUGUAGUAAAUACAUUACUUACGGAACUUGAUGGCUUAGGUAGCGCUAGGCAGGGAAUAUAUGUCAUUGCCGCUACAAACAGGCCUGACAUUAUCGAUCCGGCUAUGCUACGUCCUGGCCGCCUUGAAACCUUACUCUUCGUCAAUCUUCCCAGUGCCGAUGAAAGAGUGGAUAUUCUGAGAACAUUGGUACGAAACUUAGCCUUUCAGGUUACCACUGACGUCGAAGAACUUGUUCGCUCCUGUGAGGGCUUCAGCGGUGCGGAUUUGGGUUCACUACUCCGUCGUGCGGGAUAUGCCGCGAUUAAGCGACGUGAUACCAUCAAAGUAGAGGAUUUUGUUUCGGCCAAACGGGAGAUCAGGCCAAGCGUAACAGACAUGAAGAAGUAUGAAAAACUACGGAGGGACUGGGGUGGCGGUAAUGCAAUUUUAUAG